GGGCGCCCGAAGAAGCUGACUUUCCCAGUUCCCCUCGGGAGGGAGACUAUUGCUACAUACACUACUACCUCAUCGCUUCGCUCAGUCGUAGUGUCAGUGGCGACUUGGUCCCUGGCGAACCAACUUGAUUCUAUUUUGGAUAUAUAUGUAUCUACAACUUGACGAGUUUCCCGUGCUGCAUCCGACUCCCUAAACCUCACCGAACGAGUCCCGUCGACCCUGUCAGCACCGCCCAUCACCAACAUCGAAACUCGAGUACCGCCUCCGUACCGGACAGUUGACAAACCCCACGCACACGGACGCACACAUCCUUCGCGAAUCGAGAUUAACAUACUGGGGUAGCUAGCUUCUCGAGUUUACAACCAAGCCUUGGCAAGGGAUAUCUCCAACUUCGACGAGUGGUUCGACAGACCGACCGUUCCGACAUGCUCUAAGAUGGGCAUAGAGCCGCAGCAGGGCCACCUCCUUUCGUUCAGUAGCAGUAGUAGUUGUAGCCGGGACGCCGAAGCCUUUGAUCACACUCGACAACGAACGAGGUAGUGGACGGUUGCUGCUAGAAGAGCAACUCCAGCAGGUCCAGAGAGGCCACAAAUACAUAAAACAAGAGUCUUAUUCAAGAUGACGCGACGAAUUGUCCGCAACAUCAUCCAAAUCUCCACCGCCGCCGUCAUCACCUUCCUCCUCAUCUUCUUCCUCGACCGCAACUUCCGCGUCCUCCCCAACGCCAUCCACGAAUACCUGCCCACCCACCACGCCGGCCUCGUCAUCACCGACAUCACCGUCACCACCUGCACCAGCUACAACCCCUUUUCCAGCUGCGACCUCGACACCUCGGUCUGGCACCGCGUCGACAAGGACCUCCACCUCGGCAAGACCCUCUUCUCCCAUGCCUACCUCCACGUGAGCCGCAAGCGCGAGGAGGAGCUGAAGGAGGGCGAUAAAGUAGUCGUAGACGUGACCGUCGGCCGAUUGGAUCCUAGCGUGGCCGACGCGGAAAAGGCUGCGGCCAAGGGCCUGGAUAUCAAGAAUGAGAAGUGGGAGUCCAGGCCGGCCGGCCUGUGGGUGAAGCGGUCGGCUAAAAGAGGGGCAAGUGAUUCCAAGAAUGCGGUGACCGGGAUCGACGUGCUGUUUGGCGACGAUGCGGUGGAAGCUAGGGAGGCGUGGAGCAUGACGGGCACGCCGUUGUUGCUGGAUGUUGGGCGCAGCGUGCCCUCUGCCCAUCUGACGGUACGGAGGGGAGUGGAGCACCCGCCUGUGAAGCCGGUGUUGAGGAUUCGGGAUAAUGGCAAGUUCAAGAUUGUGCAGUUGGCAGAUCUGCACUUGAGCACGGGCGUGGGAGCGUGUCGUGAUGCGCUGCCGGAGGGGCAGAAGUGCGAGGCGGAUCCCAGGACGCUGGACUUUGUGACGAAGAUUUUGGAGGAGGAGAAGCCGGAUUUGGUGGUGUUGAGCGGGGAUCAGGUCAACGGCGAGACUGCGCCGGAUACGCAGACGGCCAUCUUCAAGUACGCCCAAAUCCUCAUCAAGCACAAGAUCCCGUACGUCUCCAUCUUCGGUAACCACGACGAUGAAGGCUCCAUGUCGCGGGCCGCCCAGAUGGACCUGAUCGAGACCUUGCCCUAUUCCCUGUCUCGCGCUGGGCCCGAGAGCAUCGACGGUGUUGGUAAUUACUUCAUCGAGGUGCUAGGGCGCGGCUCGUCUAGCCACUCGGCGCUGACGGUAUACCUGCUCGACACACACGCCUACUCGCCCAACGAGCGCAAGUACCCGGGCUACGACUGGAUCAAGCCCAACCAGAUCGAGUGGUUCCGACAGACGGCGCAGGGACUCAAGAAGAAGCACCGCGAGUACACGCACGUGCACAUGGAUGUCGCAUUCAUCCAUAUCCCCUUGCCGGAGUACCAGAAUGGGAGGAAUUUAACGCUGGUGACGUCAUGGAAGGAGCCGACUACGGCGCCAACGUUUAACUCUGGCUUUCACGAUGCGUUGGUGGAGGAGGGAGUUGCGAUGGUGUCUUGUGGACACGACCACGUUAACGAAUACUGCGCCGUAGACUUCAAAGAAGACGGCAAGCCCGCCCUCUGGAUGUGCUACGCCGGCGCCGCCGGUUUCGGCGGUUAUGCCGGCUACGGAGGAUUCCACCGCAAGAUCCGCGUCUUUGACUUUGAUAUGAACGAGGGCCGCAUCAACACGUGGAAGCGAGUCGAGUACGGCGAGGACGUCGACAAGAAGAUUGAGGAGGUCAUGAUUGUCGAUGGUGGACACCCGGUUAGGCCUAUGCAGGACUAGGACGAAGACUAUAAGUAAGAGUUGGAAAGGGUAGAAGAAAAGAAAGCCUGUCUGUGGUAUUUACAACCGCUUCGCUGUCAUCAUGUCGUCUCACUGUCUCAACAUCUCAAAAGUAAAACGCCACGCCGUAAACGCCGUAACCCGAGUCCGAGCCUCGAAUAACGACUUCACUAGCUCCAGUAACCCCUCGCGCCCUUUCCGCCCCAAAACAAGUAUGUAACAUGUGCAAAAACACCCGCGAUGCAGGGAGGAUUCGACGGGGUUGACACGAGCCGGGCACAAGCCAUCACAAACACCCUUGGAGCACAGAUCUUACGACCAAAGCAAAGACGGUGGUUUAUAGCAAGAGGACUGUCAGGUGCAAAAAAACUGGUGUUUACUAGUAGCGCUGGCUUGGCGAGGAGAUGGCUUCCUUGGUUUGGUUGUUAAGGAUCAUGAGAAAGGGACUGGGAUAACAUCGUUGGGUUUGGCUCGUUGGGAAGAAUCAAGGAAGACUAAAAAAUUAUCAUUAACGGACGGAUAUCAAUUGGGUUAGUUAUCCGAGGAAUGGAAAUGGCAUGAACUACUAGGAAGCAUGUUCAAGCAACAAAAUGAAUCCCAU